AUGAGCGAGAAAUUAGAAAAUGAUACAAGAAGCUUUUCGGUUAUUAUAAAAACAAGCGAAAUCAAAUUUUAAAAUUUACCUGUUGAUACUCUCGCCUCUGAUUUGAGAGAGACUAUUGCUUAAAAUAUUUAUGAACCAGCUCGUAGUAUAAAGUUGCUUUACAAAGAUAGAAUUCUAUAAUUAAAUUAGACGAUAGGUCAAUAAUAAAUAGAAAACGACACUUAAAUAGUGGCUAUACCAUGCUAUACAAUGAAGCAUGGACUUUGGAAUUUCAUCGAUGAUUACAAUCAUGAAAGAAACGAAAUGUAGAAUAUCAGUAUGGUGUUUUUUUUGACAGACAAGCCUUUAGAAAAGGUUUAAUUAGAUGGAAAAAUAUAAUUUUUUUAACCAAUUGGUAUUUACUGGUAGAGUAGGAGCAUCAAUCCUAUGCCUUACUUAGAAAACGAUUUUACAAGAAUAGAAAGGAGAGUAAAAAGAGUAACCCCUAUUUUUGAAUUUCAAACCAAAGACUCUUCAACUAUUUCUAUAAACAUCAUUUUCAGAGAAUGUGAGCAGAAUUUGCAAAAUUUAUUAAUGUAAUAUUAAGAUAGAAUAUAAAGUAAACUUGGCAAAAAAUAAAAUGAGAUUCAUAUGGAUAUAAUAUAUUCCACUGUUUUAGACUAGCAUAAUUAUUGGUUCAAAGAUGGAAAUUUUGCUAACACUUUAAGAUUUCUAAAUAAUUUACAGUUAAAUAAUUUAACUUCUUUGAAUUUACAUAUGAGAUAGGGGAGAAAGUCUCAAGUCUCUAAGUCUCAACUUAAGAGAUAACUCAUUUGA